AACGUAAAAACAUACCCGAACGCAGCCAUGUUGUUUGCAUAUGACAAAUACAAUUUGAUUAGGUGUAUGGAAGAAGUCGGAGCUCAAGGGUGUAGACGAGUUUCCCUCAAGUAAUUACGAGUUGGAGAGGCGUUCAAGUGGAUUUUCCAGUCAUAUGCUCGUAUUUACAAGAAGCUAUGAACGCAGCAUCGUCUCGCGCAUGUGGAUUGAAACGUCCCUCAGACGAUAAACCUGAUAGGUCGGGAUGGGAAUUUUGCGACCCCCCACUCAGCAAACUCUUCGUAAUGACAUUGCGUUGUAAACACAUUUACAAUCUGUUAUUUUCGUUGAUGCGGCGCGUGAAAUAUCUGUAGGAAGCUAGAUUAGAUGGGUGCGGUGUUCAAGUAAGAGCACGCAUCAACAGGACUAGUGAAAAGCUGUAAAACCGGAUGGAAUUUACUGUCAGUUCGUGAAUGUUUUAAUCGUGUGAAAGCCUGCACAUUUCGUUGCUACCAGUCAAGCGAGAGGUAGCGAGAGAGACCAGCCAUCCAGCCGACAAUGUGGAAGACGAGGGUCCCUAAAAAGCAAAUCCCGUUAGGUGGAAACGGCUAUGAAACCAACCCGUAACACCUGGGGACAAGAUGAGCAGUUGACUUGACGUUUUGCCUUACCCGAAACGAUAAAUAACAGGUAACUUUGACUCUCGCAACCCUCGAGAAGCGUAUUCGAAGAAUCCGAGAUAAUGGUGGCUCUCUCAUCGGUUUUAACGCCACUUGCUCGGCAGCUGCACAGACAUCUCAUCAAGCAAACUAAAGGUCAACGUUUGAUACCUGUGAGAAGAUGCAACCUCACCGCAUGUUCAAGCAAAUAUGUGCUUUCUGCCUUGCAUCCAAUGUGGCAGGGACCACUCGUUGCUCCAGGGGGUAACAGACAAUCUCCUAUCGAUAUUCGGGUGCGUAAGAGCGUUUUUGAUCCGCACCUUAAGCCGCUGACCCCGGAUUACGACCCCGGGACGUGCUCACAGAUAUGGAACAACGGGUACUCAUUCCUGGUUGAGUACGACGACACCACUGACAAAUCCAUACUUAAAGGGGGUCCUCUGGAAGAUAACUUCCGGCUGUGUCAGUUCCACUUCCAUUGGGGGGAGAGCAACGCGUGGGGUUCCGAGCAUACCGUGGACCGCCGCCUCUUCCCUGCUGAGCUCCACAUGGUCCACUGGAACUCUAAUAAGUACAGGCGGUUUGAGGAAGCUGUGAUGGAGGAGAAUGGACUGGCUGUCAUCGGAGUCUUCCUCAAGAUAGGGAAGAGACACGAGGGACUGCAGAAACUAGUGGAUGCCCUACCUGCUGUCAGACACAAGGACAGUGUUGUUGAGUUCACUAGGUUUGACCCAGCCUGCCUACUGCCUGCUAACAUUGACGAUUACUGGACGUAUGCAGGGUCACUUACCACUCCUCCCCUGACUGAGGCAGUGACCUGGAUUAUCAUGAAGCAGCACAUCGAAGUCAGCCAUGACCAGCUGGCAGUGUUCCGGAGCCUUCUCUUCACCUCGGCAGAGGAGGAGGUGCAGAAGAGCAUGGUCAACAACUUCCGCGUGCAGCAGCCCCUGAGGGGCCGCACUGUGCGGUCCUCGUUCACCCCCUUCCUGCAGCAGGAGCCACCUGCAAAAGGUCCACAGACAGGCCACUGACCGGUACACACUAACUCACUCGGACCCUUCAAACCAAAAUUAUGCAAUUACCCUAGGAAGCCUUUUUUUUUUUUACUCUACAGAAGUCAUACUGCUGGCAUCUUCUUUCCAAAUGCCUUAUGCAUUCAGAAAGCACCAAUGUCACCAUCUAAAGCUGUGGUAUUCAAAGACAGGGUUGUGACCUCUAGUUAGUUGGGUUGUGUGGGAACUGCUGUGGGUUCGCCCCCCCCCCAUUAUUAAAAGUAAGCAAAUUGAGAGUACAGAUCAUUCUAUUUGACAUUAUACAAAUGUUUUUGAGAAAGAAUUUGAAAAGUACUAUUUUGAGUAAAUGUAUUUGAAUGGUUUCUUUUCAUUUUAAUAAGAGAAACUUAAAUUCAUUACAUUUUUAUUUGUUGAUGUAACAAUCGAAAUGUUUCAGUUUUUUAAGGUUGUGUCAUUAGCUCUGGGGUGGGGGGGGUCUCGCGAAAGGAUUACGAAAGAAAGGGUUGGUCCCCCCUGAAAAAGUUAGAAUACCAAUGAUCUAUAGGCUUUUUAAAAUUAUUUUUUACAUCUGUCUCACUGUCUGCUGUCCUGUCAAUAAUUGAAAGUCAUCAACACAUGGACAGGUAUAUUGCUGUAGUCGACGCUAACAUAUUUUUGAAAAUCAUGUGUCUUAGGUGAAUCUGGUUGGAGAUUUUUAUGAAUCCUCUUAAUGUUUAUAAGUUGUAAACCUUAUUUAUUCACUCCUUAUUAACAGUCAAACUUUACAUGCUUCCAGAAACAAAUUGAAUAAUUUGAAGUACUAUCAACACUUAUUAUGUAAACUAAAGCUUAUGAAUAUCCCCCUCUUGUGGAAAGAGUACUUCUACAGUCAUUUUUUCUUCCUUGACAAAGUAUUUGAGGUGAAGGGGCAUCAUAUAUGAAUGGGGGUUUAGUUUGAAGGUUUAAGCUCUAAAUUUGUUUACAGCAUAUAAGCGAAGAGAUUUAGUUAAUUGUAUUUAGGCCUAGCUAAGGCUCUAAACUGCACACAUGAUUGUUGCUCAAUAUGUUUUUAGGUGAUUUGAUGGAUUUUAAUACAUAGUCUUGAGUAGACUAGAAUGCACAUCUCAGUAUCUUUAACUUAGAUGUAAAAGUAAUAUGUGUAGGAUGUACAGCUUCAUUAGGCCUUAUAAGCACAGGGAAACCAGGGCAUUUGUUACAACUAAUAUGUUGAAUUCUAUAGCAAACAUUGACCUUUUUUAACAUGUCUAAGAUUAUUUUCCUCUUGUAAUCAAAUUCUUCUGUUGUACUAAAAAGGACUCUACCAUAGUGCCUUCCAUGUUAUGCAUAAUACUCACACACACGUUCACCUUUGUUUUCAUAGAUCAAUAGCUCACUGCAGUGUCUGUUCUGUUGGAGCCUGCUGGUUUAAUUAAUAUUGACAAUAUUAUGCCCCUCGCAGGUUUUUAACAGGCAGUCGGUAGAUUGUUUGCCAAUUUCUGAUCCAGGAGCUGUGGGAGAGUUUAGAGAGGGUGUCACAUGUACAUCAUUAGCAUGUUGGUUCUGUAUUUAUUUAUUGGUGGAGGUCAGAAGGAUUUGACUUGCCUUUUAGAAGCACUAGCAGCACACCGACAGGAAUCAUUCUCCUGAUAGUUGUAUGUCAUUUCUUGAGACUGUUUAGCUUCGACUGCACUCUGAAAACAGCUAUUUGUUCAGACCUUGUUAUUGCAAUAAUUUGGACAUGUCCCUGUACAAACUGUUCUCUGUACGGCCUGGCCCUCUCCCCAAUAGGUCAAUUGCAGAGAAGUAGCUUGACAAUAACAUGUUCUGAAAACUGAAAAGCACUGUCCAAGACUCCAGCCCUCCAUACCUACUUGACACUUAUGCCUGUUUCACUGCGUUACCUAUGAAAUUGAAGGUGACUCCUUUUCACACCACGGGUUAAGGGAACAAUGUUGGGGUACAGGGAGGAUUUGAAUGGGGUUACGAAACAGUUGUGCAUUUUAGGUGUUGGUUUGAUGUGGGCAUUUUUAUGGGUAAGUGAUGGUAGGACAGAGAUUCACUUUGUUUUUGCUGUAACUGUGGUAAGGGACCUAUUUUCUGCCUCCUAUUUGUCCUGAACUGUUUAGUUAUGUUCUGCCUUUUUAAUCUCCAGUGGGAGGUUUCCUUUCACUUAACUGUAUUUUUGUUUUCAAAUUAUAAAUACUAAAUGGUAACUGGAAUGUGAUUUAACUGUAAUGACUGUACUUUAAUCAAGACUAAUGAUCAUGAUUUAAUCUGUCAUCAACUGCUGUAUUUUAAUGUAUAUGCCACCAGUGACUGUUUUUAAAUGUGUCAAACUUAGUAUGCACAAUGAUCCAGAUCGAUGUACAUGUUUUACAUAAAUGGGACUUAUGCGGAACUUCCACUUAACUUGCCCUACACCAUUGUGUUGCCAGUGUUUUUAUGUUGAUGUAAGCUCUAGUAUCAUUGUUUCCAUCAGGAGUGUGACACAACACUUUGGGUGAGCAGGAUCAACAACCUCUGCAUCAAGACAGUUUUUUUGUGAAGUGUUCACAGUUAGCCAUUGUUAUGUGUGCUGAACAAAAAUCUAAACUCAACAUUUUCAACAAUUUUACUGAGUUACAGUUCAUAUAAGGAAAUAGGUCAAUUGACGUAACAGACCAAAAUACUCCUCAGCACCCCCUCAGAUGAUCCCACAGGUGAAGAAGCCGGAUGUGGAGGUCCUGGUUACACGUGGUUGAGGCCGGUUGGGCAUACUGCCAAAUUUUCUAAAAUUGUUGGUAGCUCAUGGUAGAGAAAUUAACAUUAAAUUAUCUGGUAACAGCGCUGGAAAUUCCUGCAGUCAGCAUGCCAAUUGCACGCUCCCUAAAAACUUGAGACAUCUGUGGCAUUGUGUUGUGUGACACAACUGCACAUUUUAGAGUGACCUUUUAUUUUCCCCAGCACAAGGUGCACCUUUGUAAAAAUCAUGCUGUUUAAUCAGCUUCUUGAUAUGCCACACCUGUCAGGUGGAUGGAUUAUCUUGGCAAAUGAGAAAUGCUCACUAACAGGAAUAUAAACAAAUUUGUGCUCAAAAUAUGAGAGAAAUAUGCUUUUUGUGCGUCUGGAACAUUUCUGGGAUCUUUUAUUUCAGCUCAUGAAACUAACACUUUAUAUGUUGUGUUUAUAUUUUUGUUCGGUAUAAAUGCCAGCUUCCUGUGGUCUAGUAUUGGGCCCAAGUCAGAGCAGGUCCGUUGGAGCCAUGGCCCACAAUUCUGAGCCUUUUGGGUAAAACACCUCAGAUGGAAACUUGACAGUGCUUCCCCUUGCUUUGUUUGCUACGUAGCAGGUGUUUUCCUGGAGCUAGAGGAGUGUUCUACGUUUGUUGUGCUGUCGUAAAUGUUGUAUUUCUUUUAUCAAUGGGUGGCCACAUUCCUGCCCCAUGGGCCGGAAGGAAAACUGCUAUUGAGGGUCAAGGGCUAGAUUGGGGCCCCUCUCCCAACAGGCCUGUUGUACCAGGUGCUUGAUUGGCCCAGUCCAGCCGUUACAACCAGGAAGCCACUGCUGACAAAUGUUUAUAUAGAAGAUUUUAAAGAUGAAUAUAUUAAAGAAAUGAGUACACUAUCAUUGAUGUCACAAUGAUCUGGGUUGUUAGAAAGGUCCCCUAUAAAUGAAUGGUUGUGCUGUGCAUUGUUCCCCAUUCGACAGGAGCCUAGGCCUGGGCAGGCAAUAAGGACCUGGUUCCAGGACCCAUAACCCCACACCAGACCUAGUCGGCACCUUUGAAGACAAAACAGAGAAUGGAGCCAGGGUGUGGAUGUUUAGAUAUGUUAGGAAACAUGGUUUGAGUUUUGUCUCAACCUGAUUCAAACAGACCCUCAUCUGUUUAUUAUGGUUGGCCACGGGAUAUCAAAAUGGGAUGAGAGUUGUCUCCCAAAAGGCUGCAGGUUUCCCAUUGUGUGGGAGAGUUUGAGAACCUGCUCUUUGAACUGUGUAUAACAAAUGGGGGAAUUAAAUGAACAUUCGAUUAGAGUCUGAAUAUUUUUGUAACCACAUAGCUAUCGACUCUGCAUUCAGAGCAUGAUAAUCCACCCACUGAAGCUAGGACAGCAGAGUCCGUUCCCAUCUUCCGAAAACCAAUGAAACCCUACCUCGUCAAAGAGCAUCUUAGACAUCUCAGUUUUAUCCACCUAAAUGUGGAAGACACAUUUCAAUUGAAUUGAUUUAGUUGGACAUCUGACUAGGUAUCCCCCCUUUCCCUUUAAAAGGCGUACACUUGUCUUUUCCUAUUAGCACUGAAUUCUGUAUUGAGGAACAAUGUACUGUGAUGUGGUUGUCUCACCUAGCUAUCUUCAGUUUAAUGCACUUACUGUAAAUCGCUUUUGAUAAAGGUGUCUACUAAAUUACUAAAAUGUCAAUGUAAAAUGUCAUUCUUAUGAAGGCCUGUGGACCUCUUUCUUCUGACCAUACACUUCAAGAUGAAGUGGUGGUUAGAAAAUGAAAGGAAAAGGUCUAAAUAAAGAAUUUCUUCUUCUC